AUGACUUUUUGUUCCUACAAUAUAAGGGGGUUGAAUAAUAAGUCCUCGUUUGCUAAGGACUUCAUUCAGAAUAAUAAUAUUGGCCUUAUUGCCCUCUUGGAGACUCAUGUUAAAAAGGAAUCGGCCGAUAGAUUAUCUUCUUUUGUAGCCAAUGGAUUUUCUUGGCUGUUCAAUUAUGACUUUCAUGAUAAUGGUCGAAUCUGGAUCGGAUGGGAUCCAAAAAAAUGGGCUGUCUCUUCUCCGGUGAUUCAUGCCCAGCAUAUUUCUUGUUCUGUUGUGAAUAUUUCGAAUAAUGAUGUGUUUUAUGUCUCGUUUGUCUACGCGUCUAAUACUGUUCUGGGAAGGAGGGAGCUCUGGAACGAGUUGCAUAGUCUAAAUCUCUCUGUGGUCCGUCCUGCUCAGAUCCCUUGGAUUGUCCUGGGCGAUUUCAAUUCUUGUUGUAACCUGGAUGAAUCCCAUGGUGGAGCUGGAAUUUUUUCGAGAGACAGAGCUUUGGUUAAUGAAUAUUGGCUGGUAAGAUUCCCCCUUAGUCAUGCGCGUUUUCUUCCCCGGGGCCUUUCUGACCACUCCCCUAUAUGCAUCACUUCUGGGACGGUUUCUGAGAGGUUAAAAAAGCCUUUCCAGGUUUUUUCUCAUAUUAUUGAACAUCCUCAAUUCCUGACUACUGUUGGUUCUGCCUGGGAAUGUUCUAUUAGAGGCGACCCGUGGUUUGUUCUUACUUCGAAGCUCAAAAGAGUGAAGGAUAAACUUAAGCUUCUCAAUCAGAAUUUUGGGAACUUGCAUCUGAAGGUAGCUGCAGCCCGCUCUUCUUUGAAUCUCUUUCAGAGCCAAAUGCCUUUUGUGCCUUCCGAAGCAAUGCAAUUAGAAGAAGCCUCUCUAUGCAGCUCCCUAAGCAAUGCUCUAAAAGAUGAGGAGCUUCUCUUAAAACAGAAAUCAAGAAUUCAUUGGCUGAGUGUUGGGGACUCUAAUAACGGGUUUUUCUUUAAAUCUUGUACAAACAGAUGGAACUCAAACAAAAUUGUUUCUCUUUCUGAUGAGAACGGGAAUAUUGCCCAAUCCCACCGCGAUAUUGCAAAUAUGGCAGUUGAUUUCUUUAGUUCUAAGCUUGGGUCUCCCAAUAACUCCUCGGCUCUUGAUGCUGACGUACCUCUCCCCUGGUUAUCUGAUGAGCAGCGGCAUCUCCUCGAAGCUGAUUUUUCCCCGCAAGACAUUCAUAAGACCUUCCUUUCUAUGAGCAAGGGGAAAAGUCCUGGCCCUGAUGGUUUCUCCCCUGAGUUCUACACGGCAGCCUGGUCUAUUGUUGGUACUGAUGUCACCUUGGCCAUUCUAUACUAUUUUCAAAGCUUGCAUAUGCCUCGAAUAAUAAACUCCACUUCUAUUUCCCUUGUUCCUAAAUCUGCUGGUGCAUCCGCUCUUAAUCAGUUCCGUCCCAUAUCCUGCUGUAACACACUCUACAAAUGUAUCUCUAAGCUCCUUGCCUCCCGGUUAAAGCAGGUCUUACCUUCUCUUAUCUCUCCAAACCAAUCUGCGUUUGUCAAGAAUCGCAGCAUUGGAGAUAAUCUCAAGCUCUCUGUGUUGGUUACCACAGGGACCACGGUCCUCCUAGGUGCACCUUAA